GCACUGUUCACGCGCACUGUUCAUGAGGUACUGCUCACGCCUGAAAGAAAAAUAAAAUAAAAACUGUUCCAGGACAGAACUGCUCGGUUUUCUCUCCUCUUUCCAGAUCUAUGUUUUCUCUUCGGUCAGACAUCAUUUGGAUUUGCGUUUGUGUGAUUUUCACCUCAACAUUAUGGCGGGUUCAAAUGGUGCAUCCUCAGAAUUUAUUUCUAUUCGUCGAGAUGAGUUGGAGCGGAUUUAGACUAUGCUUGAUUCUCUGAGUAAGCCAUCUAGUACUAGUACUUUGGCUAUGACUGGUAUGAGGUCCACUACUCAUUCUUUUCAUACUUCUUGUACUGAUUUAAAACAUUUUUGGAUUAUUGAUUCUGGUGCUACUGAUCAUGUGGCUUGUUGUGCUGACUCCUUUCUCUUGUAUAACCCUACUAUUGGCACCUAUACAGUAGCCGUAGGCCCGUUGCUGAUGGCUCGCUCACAUCAGUUGCGGGUUCUGGAUCUCGCCACGGAGAAGACAAUUUGGGGUGCUAAGGAGCAAGACUGGUGUACUAUCUGGUGCCAGAAUCUUCUGCAGAGUAUGCUAAGUAUCACACUUUAUUGACUCAUUCUCAGUCUACUGCUGACUCUUUGAUUUGGCUUCAUCAUA